AUGCAAAGUGAAAUUGAUCAGCUGGUGGAAAUGGGCUGGACUAAGGAAUUCGCUUGCGGAAAGCGCUUAAGUUCUACAGAGGAUAUCCAAAUGCACAGUGCCCGCACUGGACACUCAGACUUCAAGGAGUCAGAUGUUCCUUAUGUUCAUCCUUCCGCCGAAGAAAAACAAGCAGAAAUGCUUCGCUUGCAGGAACAAAUAAAACUACAAAAGUUUCGGAAUGAGGAAGCUGAAAGGCGAAAAAACAUUGAGGAUGAGAAACAUCGUCGGCAGCAGGGAAAAGUACUCUUGAGUGCCAAAGCCAAAUUUCAAGAAGAAGAGAUGAAGCGGAAUGCUGAACAGUUAAGGAAAGAAAGAGCUGAGGACAAAGCUUAUCGGGAGAAAUUGCGAGCCGAAAUUGCAAGAGACAGAGCAAAUAGGGUUGCCCAUCAAUCACCUCUACUACCGGCAUUGUCAACAGCAGUUCCACAAACCUUAACAACCUCUCCAAACUCAGGUACUCCGUCGGACGUCACUGAAUGUCGCCUCCAAAUACGAACUCCCACUGGACAGCCACUAAAAUGCACCUUUCAGUCAUCCGAUAAUCUGGAAGUUGUGGCGCAAUUUGUUGGUCGAAAUUGGCCAGCGGAUUCCAGUGGUGUUUCGCCCACCAUAGUUGACUGCCAGGAAAUCACUCUACAGACGGCGUUCCCCAGCAGAAAGUUUUGUGUCGACGACUUUCCCAAAACACUUAAACAAUUAGGUCUGUGUCCGUCAGCUGUCCUAAUGGCGCAACGACGAUCGCCACCUUAA